AUGUCUGAACAUCAAAUGGCUAUCCCCAAAGGCUCCUGGGUUCUUGUGACAGCCGCAAACGGUCACACUGGGAGUCAUAUCGUCUUCGAACUCUUGAAGAGAGACUUCAAGGUCCGCGGCACUGUUAGAGACUUGGAAUCCAGCCAGUGGCUACUUGAGGAUAGCUUUGUUUACAAAUAUGCCGAACGCGGCCAUAUCGAGCUUAUAGUUGCUGAUACGACCAAACCCCACGACUUCGAUAGAGCCGUACGGGGUGUCGCGGCUGUCAUACAUGUUGCAGUCAUUGGAGACCUGGUUCCUGAUCCCAAUGUUGCUAUUCCAGCCACCAUAGAAUCAGCCUUGUCUGUUUGUCGAUCAGCAGCAAAGGAGCCAUCCGUGAAGCGGUUUGUCUUCACUUCGACCUUUUGGGCUGCUACCUUUCCAGUUCCUGGCGUCGGUGACACCAUUACAAACCUCGACACCUGGAACGAAGCUGCGAUUCAAGCUGCUUGGGCCCCUCCUCCUUAUGAAUCAGAUCGUAUUAUGCCGGUGUAUUUCGCAGCCAAGGUUGAGGCAGAAAAGGCUGUCUGGAAGUUUGUCAAAGAUAAGAGACUCCCCUGCAUAACUAGCCACGUCACCGAUGUCGCGAUUAUUCAUGUCGCCGCCGCAAUCGACCCCGGCGUACAAGGUCAACGCAUUCAAGUUCUCGCACCAUCCUUCACAUGGAACGACUGCCUGGAUAUCCUACGAAAGUCUUACCCGAAUCGCAGCUUCGUUGAUAACUUUAUUUCUGGUGACCCGAAAUUGAUGUACAAUAUUGAGAACGACAUUGCUCUUGGUCUCCUGCAGAAAUGGGCUGGGCGUGGUUGGAUCAGUUUGGAGUCGAGUGUUACAGAAGUAUUUCAACCUGGAACACUGCAAUUCAUCAACUCGGCUCAUCCAGACGAGAUCACCAAUGCAAAGAGUAUCAAAUUGAUAAGAUCACACGCAGCAAAACUCUCUCGUGCUCUGCAGAAGGAAAAGAAGCAAGAUAAAGAUUCUCUGGAGGGAGAUGACCCUGAAAACUUUCAAGCUGAGACAGAAUUGAGAUCGCUUGUUGACCUGGCAAGCAAUACGCGAUACCGAAAGAUCAUACCUAAAGCAAAGGUACAUGAGCAGACCGCAAAUCGACCACCAAGCCCAAUUCAGUUGAUUGGCGGUGCUUGCAGUGACGCAUACACAGGAUUUGCAAGACAACUUUCAGAUGAUGAGCACUAUCUCUUUGAUUUCUAUCUAAACUACGUGAUUUCUUACGGAUACACAGCAUGCUAUGCCCAAGAUGAUGAGCGGAACUUUACUUACCUCAUGAGGCAUAUCUGGGUGCCCAAUGCAAUGUCUAAACUCAGUCUCAUGGCCGCCGUCUUUCACGUGGCAUGCCGGAAUUACGUCGCCACCACAAAUAACAGCCUAUCGAGCAAAUUUGCAGUCAAAAAGCUUCAAUAUCGACUAAUGUGCAUCCAAAUGGCUAAAGACGCCAUCGAGUCAGAGGCUAUCGCUACAGAUACAACUAUUGCAUUGGCUAUGCUGAUGGCCUCUGAAGCAUUCCUUGAAGGAGAUAUGAGUGCAUACUGGAGUCAUGGUGCUGGCGUUAUGAAAAUGGUGCGGGCGCGAGGAGGUGUUGAUAUGCUGGGAAUGUCAGGAUUCUUGACUAGAACUGUCUCGGAUUCUAUCUAUCUCACGCAGACCAAUAUGAUAUCCGGCUUCGCAGCUAGCCAAGAUCUACAGGCCGCUAUACAUACAACAUCAUGGAACUCAACAUUCAAACUCUCGCAUGAGCAACUUAGUCUUGGUAACUUGACCAUUGACGAAGGCGCGCAAAUCAACAACAUCAUCAACUUUGACCGUACUCUACUCGCAAAUGGUGGUCCUCACCAAGAUGACUUUUACUCGCUCCCCCCUGGUCUGCAGAUCCCCAGGCUUCCGGGUGAGCUUAUCAAGCUCCAAGAAAUCACGGAUCCAAAGCCAUACACAAUCCUUGCUUCAACUACAAUGUCUCGUUUCCUCUACUCGACGACAAACUUCAAUGGUACCCUUAUCCCCGCCUCUGCUUACAUCCUUUGGCCAUAUACCACCAAGAAAUCUCUUCUACAGGACUUCGUACCAUAUGCCUUGGUUCUGGCAGGAUACGCUGUUGUGGCCCCUGACUACGCGGGUCUCGGCGUUGGUACCUCAUGGGAUGGGACUGCCAUUCCUCACCAAUAUGGCAUCUACCAGGCUGGUGGAGCAGAUUCUCUCAAUGCCCUGAGAGCUGCUUUGACCGCGUUUCCAGAGCGUUUGACAACUGAUUAUGUAAAUGUUGGUCAUAGCCAGGGAGGUGCUGUUGGGUGGGGAGUCUCUGAGCUUCUUGCCGGAAAAAAGGGAAGAUUCAAGGAUCUUGUCAAGGGUCAUCUAGGCACUCUUCUUUUUGCCCCACCCACAGAUGCAUUCUCGUUGCCAGCUGCUUCUAUUACUACCUGGGUUGGUAAAUAUUUGAACCAAGUCUAUCCUGAGUUCAAACUCAGUGACUGGCUUACAACUUUGGGUGUCGACCGAGUGACUCUCUUCAACCAGGUUGAGGGUUCUCAAAGCGUCAGCAGCUUUCUCUUCACCCCCAAAGAGGAGGUUGUCCAGCCUGACUGGAUGAACACUUGGUUUGUGGCUGCUCUCAAACAAAUCGUUAACCCUGGUGAGAGGCCUUGGAAAGGACCUAUGCUUGUCAUUCAUGGCGACAAAGACCCAGCGGUGCAUUACAACGCAUCAUUGGCUACUUCAAAGGUUACUUGCGAGAAGUAUCCUGGUGAUUUAGAGUUCUUGGGUGUUCCUGGAGUUGGUCACUUUCCUGGUAUGUAUGCAACCAGGUCGAUUUGGAUGGAUUGGAUCAAGGAUCGGUUCGAGAGACGCAAGGUACAAAAGCAAGGCUGUGUUCAGUCCAAGGUUGACCGAUUUCUACCUGACGAUCAUUAUCAGCACGAUCCAAACUCCUUCCCCUUGUGGGCUGGCAAAUCUGAAUGGGCUUAUGAGCUUCCCCAGGGUCAUUAG